UAUAAAUCUGUUGAGUUAUAUAGAAAAGAGGGAGGUAUUGCAGCCUAUAUUUCAAUCAUCCACUUUUCUGUAAUGUGUAAUUUCCAGAUAUUUUGGAUUUCUACACACACUUGAUCUGAACGAAAAGCCCAAGAAGCAAUUUCUAUAACCUCAACUAUUGACCAUGUUGGGUGAGGUUGAUUGCACUUAGAGUCCUAAGCUUCAGGAAGAUAUGUUUCUUUAUUCAAAUCCAAUCUUCAUUGUAUGUUUUCAGGUCAUUACAUUUCUGUGGAUACCUCACAAGGAACAAGUGGUGACACAGCUAUACUGCUCAGCCCUGAACUGUAUACAGGAGAGUGGAGCUGUAUUCGACUUAUAUAUCAGAUUGCAACAGCUUCAGAAUUGCCACUAGGUUCUAUUGCCCUAAACCUAUAUAUAAGAGUGGAAGGUGAAAGCUUUGAUCAUUUGCUUUGGACAAGCACAGAACACUCAGAGAGCUGGCUCAUAGCCAGUCUAGAUGUAAGAAACAGGACAGACAGAUUCAAGAUUAUACUGGAAGGUAUAUUAGGAACAGAAACAGUUGCCAGUAUAGCAAUUUUUGAAAUCAAAAUUUCAACUGGUUACUGCAUAGAAUGUGAUUUUGAAGAAAAUCAUCUGUGUGGUUUUAUGAACCGCUGGAAUCCAAAUGUUAAUUGGUUUGUUGGUGGAGGAAACAUAGGAAAUUCACAGUCAGUUCUUCCAAGAGAUCAUACCUUUAGGAAUGAAUUUGGUCAUUACAUGUAUGUGGAUUCUCUCUACGUCAAGCACUUUCAGGAAGUAGCUCAACUGGUCUCACCUAAGACACUAACUCCAAUGUCAGGCUGUUUAUCCUUUUAUUAUCAAAUACAGCAGGAAAAUGGCAUUGUUUUUACUAUCUAUACAAGAGAAGUAAAUGGCUUUUAUGAGGAGCUUUGGAAAGCAGAUAGCCCAAUGAGCAAUGAUUGGCUGUUAGGUGAAGUUGACUUCAGUGCUCCAUAUCCAAUGGAGGUUAUUUUUGAAGUUGCUUUCAACAGUGCCAAAGGAGGAUAUUUGGCUCUUGAUGACAUUUCUUUCUCCCCAGUUUUCUGCAGCAAUCAAACAGGCAUUUCCUUCAGUUCCAUACAGGCAACUUGUACUUUUGAAGAGGAUUUUUGCCAUUUUUAUCAAGAUCACAAGGAUGGCCCUGGCUGGAGCAGGGUAAAAGUGAAGCCUAAUGCAUAUAGACUGGGUGAUCACACUACUGGCAUGGGUUUCUAUUUGCUGGCAAAUACAAAGUUUACAUCACAACCUGGAUAUAUUGGCCGCUUAUACAGUCCCACUCUGCCAGAAAACUUACAAUAUUGUCUGAGAUUUUAUUAUGCUCUGUAUGGCUUUUUCAAAAUGAGAGAUUCUCUGGCUGUUUAUAUAUUUGAAGAGAACCAUAUCGUUCAAGAAAAAAUCUGGUCUGUCUCAGAAACCUCCAGAGGAAUCUGGAUUCAAGCUGAAAUCACCUUCAGAAAGCCCAUGCCUUGCAAGGUAACAACCAAUGUUUUCUGUCUCAGAUAUUGUUAUUUUCAGUUUCUCUUAAAUGAGUCAUAAUGACUCCUCUAUGAAAAAAAAGGCAAAGGGAUUUGUUCAUCUUCUGUAUUUUCCAGUAAAAUUAUCAUGACGGAUGGGAAUGUGACCACAAACAGAAGUGCAGUCACUAUAUGGUUUGCGUGGCAGGAGGUUGUACAGGAAAAAAAAAAAGCAGUUAAUCAAAUAAAAAUGCAAGUUUUUAUUUGGAUGGUAUUAUACUCAUCUGUUCUGGAAAGAAGGGUUCUAGCCAUUAUUUGCUUAGAUUCAUUUAGUUAAAUUAGAGCUUGAAUCCUACUAACAUUACAGAUGAGAACAAAAAAGCAAAAAUUCAUAAUGGAUAAGAUACUUUAGGCCACUCAUACAACAGCCUGUAUUUGGUACCUCACAAGACUAAGAAAGAGCACUGAAAUUAAAUAUUUGUGGAAUUUCUUGGCUUUGCAGGAUUCCCACCAAAAUGAAUCUCCAUGAUAGAGUGAGGAUACACCUGCAAUUAGCUGCAAGCUGGCUUUUUCAUGGAAGAGUUUAAAGGACUGUAAUAGCAAUACCCAUAGUUGUAAACAACCCAGCAUUGAGGAUUUUUUUCCCUGAAAGACAACUGAAAGGAUUCAUAGUUGCAGAAGCAUGUUUUAUGACAAGCAGUGGUAACCACAACCACUGAUUAGAAGAAUAAUGAUUGUUAUUUAUUGUGGUACAAGUAUACUGCAUAUACGAGACAAGAAAUAUUUUAUCUCUAUGUAAUUAUUCAGGCUGUAAGCUUUGGAUUCAGAUGGAAAAAAUGUGAAAGAUUGUGAAUGUAGAACCUCUCUUCAACUUUUAAAACCAAAUGUCUUUUGCAACGCUCAUAUGGCAGCUGCAGAGGGUAGAUGGACAA